UCAACUUUAAAUAUUUGGACACGUACUUCAUCAAGGGUGAUGCGUGGUAAUAAGAAUGCUUGCUGGGAUACAUUUCAUCUCAUAAGUGAAGAUGAAUCUGCUCCGUGUGUUCGUCUAUCUUCCACUAGCCUUCCUCGCUUCACAGGCCGCAACACCCGAGGAAAUUGCCAAUGCGUGGCGAAAGCAAAUCGCACCAUUCGAAACUGUUUGUGCUUGCGAAAGUGGUUCGAGUGUCGAAAACAUACAGUCAACAUGGGCCAGCUUUACCUACCCCACCAAUCCGUGCUUCAAGUGCUACUUUCCGUGCCUGUACAGAAAACUGGGAUUGGUCCUGCCGGACGGUUCCAUUAACAGAGACGUUAUGAUUAAAACAGUCUUGGGGGUGACAGGGACGAUUUACGAUACGUGUAUGGCACCGGUUGUGAAGUGCCUGGAUCCAUGCUACAAGAUUUGGGCAUUCGACUACUGCGUUAGUUACGUUAUGAAUUAUACCGCGGUAAAGCCCGCCAUCACCGCCUGCACGUAACAGAACUAUCAAUUAAUCUUGAUUGACGCCAUUUAACAGUUUUACAAAAAAUAAAACUACAAGAACCAAC